UCUCACAUUCCUGCAAUGAAGCUGUUAGUCAGCAUCAGAAGUGUAUUUUGCCUCUGCCUGCUUCAUCUGGCAGCUGCUGACACCAGUGCUCUCAAUAUAGUUGUAACAUGUACCAAAACAAAUGAUUUAAACCCUGACGAAUGUUGGACACUAUGCGAACCCAAUCCUUCUCCACUGCAUGAUCUUAAAGUUCAACUUACUUCUCUGAAUGGAGCUCCAGCAUCUCUUGCUCUCAACAUAACAUGGUCUAUAUACAUUGACGGAAGUAUUCAAAGUAUUACUGGCACAUGGAUAAAAGUGAACACGGUGAGAUACAGAUGUGGAUAUCAACCUCCAUUUACUUCAAAACAGGUCCACACUGGUGAUUUAAAGCAGCUUUGGUUCAAUUUCACAGCCACAGAUGUCAAUAUUGAACCCAGCCACUCUUACCAAGUAGAUGUCUAUAAUCUUCCUCCAGCACUGCCUGACAUGCGAUCCAGAUAUUCAAAACAGGCAAAGAUACAAGCACCUGAAUGUGAUGAUGAACGGAUGAAGGAUCAUUCAACAUGUUUAAACACGGCCCUUCCUACGCCAACCGAUGGAAGCAUGCAAUUGUAUGAGCACUGGAACAUUGCUGCAGUCCAAAUGAAGGAUGAAAUACAAGUCAAAUUUGAUUCUCACAUGAAAUCAGAGAUGUACGAGAUCAGACUGCGAAGAAAAACGCAUAUCCUAAGCUUUGCUAAGGUGACAGUGAAUGGAGAAAUUCAAACACUUAAAGCAAACCUGAACUAUUCGGGUCCAUGUGACAAUCUUACAAUAUGGAUAACACCAUUUUUUGAGCAUUGUGGAUUUACAUGCAAAUCGGUUUACCACAACGUAACCUGUCAAGCUGCACCAAGAGAAGAACCAAAGGAAUGGGAACCUUCUGUCCUGCUGAUCAGCACUGUGUGUGCAGUAGCCAUUAUUUUGUUAUUUAUCUGCCAUUUCUGGAGACUGCGGAUGAGAUCUGGCUAUUUCAAGCAUGGACUAGACACAGCAAAAUCAGUGGGAGUGCUUAUGGUGUAUCCUGCAGUGGACAGUGUGUUCCAGAAUGCUGUGAUGACCAUAGCUGACUUAUUGCAAAGUCAUAGAGAGCUGAAUGUAAUCAUUGACAUGUGGCAGAGAGGCAGUUUAGCGGAACAGGGCCCGCUCCGCUGGCUUAACACACAAGUGGGUUGUGCUGAGAAAGUUCUCAUCAUCUUGCCUCCUCAAUACGCUGAGUUCCGCAAUGACACAGCCUGCUUGAAUCCCAACAUGGCAUCAGUCAUAACAGAUUACACUGUUCCAGCAUCUGCCUGUGAACUUUUCUCAUUGGCACUAAACCUGGUUGCUAGCUGUGCCCAUGAUCCCCAACAGUACCAUAAGUUCUUGGUGGUGCACCUGGAGCAUGGUAGGCACAGAAGCACAAUACCAGUGGAGCUCAGAGGCUGCAAGGCCAUUAUUCUACCCAGAGAUCUGGAGAAACUGUAUAAACUGUCCACUAAGCAAGGAGUAACAAUCUCAAGAUGUAGGUCUGAACCAUACUGCUGUAAAGAAACAGCUCAAAAGGUCAGAGUUGCUGUGCAGCAGUUGGACAAAAGAAAUGGUUUGUCUUACCAAGGCAGAAAGCAAGCCCCAAAGUAGUAAUUACCUCUCUGGUGUUCAGAUCUUGUGAUAAAGGCCAGAUUAACUGUUUUUCCUUUCAGAUUCUUUUAUUGCUUUUUCCUGAGGGUAUACAUUUAAAAAAAUUGUUAAAUAUAUUCCACAAUUUCAAAUACCAGGAAGGAAUAGAA